AUGGGGGUGUUGAUGUCCAAGCGGCAGACGGUGGAGCAGGUGCAGAAGGUGAGCCUGGCCGUAUCUGCUUUCAAGGAUGGGCUGCGGGACAGGCCUCCCAUCCAACGCACAGGUGAGCUCCCGGGGUCCCACCAUGACACUGCGGAGGGCUCUGUCCAGGAGGUGCAGGAGGAGAAAGAAGCAGAGGCAAGCACCUCGGUGCUCCAAGAAGAGAGCAGCGUCAACCGCGCCGCCUGGGAGAGGCUCCGAGACGGGCGUGGAGUGGAACCUGAGGAGUUUGACAGAAACAACCGUUUCACCCCUCCUGCCUUCAUCCGCCCCACCCGGGAGCUGGACGAUGACAAGCCUCCAGAUAUCUGCUUGGAACCCAGAGAGCCUGUCGUCAAUGAUGAGAUGUGUGAUGUCUGUGAGGUCUGGACGGCCGAGAGCCUCUUCCCAUGCAGGGUCUGCACCAGGGUUUUUCAUGACGGCUGCCUGCGCCGCAUGGGCUACAUCCAAGGAGACGGUGCAGCAGAAGUGACCGAGAUGGCACACACGGAAACAGGCUGGAGCUGCCACUACUGUAACAAUCUCAACUUGCUGCUAACCGAGGAGGAAAUGUAUAGCCUCACAGAGACCUUCCAGCAGUGCAAAGUCAUCCCUGAUUGCUCUCUGACGCGGGCGGACUUCCUGCGCUACCGUCACCAAGCAGCAAAGCGGGGGGACAGCGACAGGGCCUUAAGCGGGGAGCAGGAGGAGCAGGCGGCCCGCCAGUUUGCAGCCCUGGACCCUGACCAUCGAGGACACAUAGAGUGGCCUGACUUCCUGUCCCAUGAGUCCCUCCUGCUUCUGCAGCAAUUGCGUCCCCAGAACUCUCUGCUGAGGCUUCUGACAGUCAAGGAGCGGGAGCGAGCCCGGGCCACCUUCCUGGCCUGGGGCAGUGGGAGCGCCAUCAGCGAGGCCGAGUGCCACCGUGCACAGCACUCGUGGUUCCACAAACACCUCCCACAGGCUCCUUCCUCCAGUGUCAGCAUCAGCCAUGUGGGUCCCAUAGCGGACAGCAGCCCGGCCAGCGGCAGCAGCAAGAGUCAGGACAAGGCGCUGAUGCCCACAGAGCAUGAGUCCAGAUCUGUGGACUGGCCUACCUUCCUGCGGGAGAAUGUCAUCUACAUCUUGGCUGCCCGCCCGAACAGCGCAGCCAUUCACCUGAAACCCCCAGGAUAG